AUACUGCUUACACUAUCAUCACAACAGAAAUUUUCCUGCUCAUAUCCAGCCAGCAGCCAGCCAUUUGCCGGGGAUAUAUAAACGCCGGCCCACGUCUGCAGCUAAUCAAAGUGCUUUUCGAAUCAGUCCGCUGCGCAUAAACACAAGUAUGAAGUUCCAAUUAGUCAUUCUCUCCGCCCUGCUGGUCAGCGCAUUCGCUCUACCCGUACCCGAUGAGGAAGUGUCGCCGGUAGUACAGGCGGUGCCACAAGUGCAAGAGAAGUCCGUUGAAGUACAAAAGGUCGAUGAGAAGGUUAUCGAUGCGGUCAAGCCAGUUGAGGCUCGUGCUGCUGAACUUCCCGCCGCUGAAGCAGCAGCGCCGUUGCCAGCUGCUGAGGAGAAGAAGGAAGCUCUACCCGCUGAACUCCCAUUGAACGCACCCGAUGCCGAAAUUAGCCAGAGCUUGCCCGCCGAGAAGAAGGACAAACAGACACGCGCUGACGAUCAAGUAGAGGAAACUAAGGCACUGCCUGUUGUUGCCGCCGCACCUGUUGCUGUCGCUGCCGGUAUCGCUGAAGAACCCAAACAAGCUGAGGAAGCUAUUGUCGCUACUGAGGAGAAAAUCAAUAUCGAAGGCAAAUCCACCAUCAUUGCUGAAGCCGCACCAGCUGAGCAGAAGAAGGAUGAACUCUCUGCCGCUGAGGAAACACCUGUGGUGAAAACUGAUGCUGCCCCCCCUGCCUCUGUUGAUGCCGCCCCUGCUGCUGCUCCUGCUACUGAAGCUAAGAAAGAGGAAGCACCCGCACGUCAAGAACGUGUUGGCGAAGCUGUGAAUGAGGUUGAAUCCAGUGCCGUUCCCGCUGCUCCCGUUGCCGCUGAAGUAGUGCCAGCCGUCAAGAGUUUGCCAACUGAAGAAGCCGCGCCUGCUGCUGCCCCCGCUGAAGAUGCACCUGUCGCUGCUGCCGCUACACCCGCCAUUGCCACCGAUGCUGCACCAGAACAGCCCGCUGAAAUCGAGAAACAACCAGAAGCUCCUAAGGAGUUGUUGAAAUCGGCUGCUUCUGAACCAAUUGCUGAGAAAGUCGAACCAGCGGCGCCAGCACCAGCCGGUGAUAUUCCACAACAAGCCAGCGAAGAGAGCGCAGCCAAGGCAUUGAAGGUAGAGGAACCAGCACAAUCAGCACCAGUUGCUGCUGUUGCCGCACCAGAAGCUAAGAAAAUCGAAGAACCCGCUGCUGCCGCACCAGCACCUGCUGAGCAGCCACAACAACAACAAAAAGAGCUCACACCCGAGGUAAAGGAAAGUGAACCCAAGACAUUGGAGGAAAAGAAACCCGCUGCUGAGGCUGACAACUCAAGUGAGAGCAAGAAAUCUAAAGACUCCAACUCAUCAUCCGAUUCCUCCGAAUCCGAGUCGAAGGAAAGCAGCGAAUCCAAGGAGGAAAAAUCAGACUAAGAAUCUAUAUGAAUCCGAACGAAUACCUCCUUCCAAUUAAAAACAAAAAUUAAAAAAAUCAACAACAACAAUUUGACCACACUUCAAACAACACAAACAAUUGGUUGUGUGAAGUUCUGCAAAAAAACACAAACGAAUGACCGUCCGGUCACGUGGUCACAAACUCAACGCUCUUAAUAAUAUAUAGUUAGUUAUUUUUAGUUGUAAAAACUAUUUAGAAAGAAACGAAAUCAACAAAACGGACAAAACCGAAGGGACCGAAAGCAUGAAUAUUCGCAAGCUAAAGGCAACCAUUAGUACGAGUAUGACGUAGGCAGUGUAAAGAACCAUGAAAGUUAUUAUGAAACAGCAUAGAAGCAAAUGCCGAUUAUGGUCGGGAGAAUUGAAACAAGUGCUUUGUAGAUUGCAACAACACAACCGCCGCCAGUGACAGUCUAGUUCUCCGACUCCACAGCGAGCCAGGGAGCCAGAGGUCUACUUCUACUUCUCGAAUUCACUUGAAAGACAAACCAAGAAGAUGGCAUACAAGCAAUAAUACUUACACAAGUAAUUAUGAUAUAUCAUAAAUUAUAUACAUAAAACAAAAACAAAAAACAGUAAUUUAAGCUUAAUUAAAUUAAACAAUACAAGUUAAAUCAACCACAUGCUGUAAGGUGAAGUUCAAACGAGGGAAUAUUUAAUUUUAAUAUAUAUGAGUAUGUACGAGUAAUUAUUGCCGAUGGAUAUAAGUAAAGCAAUCAUAAUUUAUGAGAGAUGCACAACUACUUUUAAGUUCUAAAACCACUACGUAACGGUAGACGGAGACCCACAAUGUAUUUGUAGCGUUAAUCUAAGCAGUCCACAAUUGACAAAAAACACAAAAAAAAAGCUCGACAUCAGUAACGUCCGCCUUGAAAGCAACCAAGCAACCAAGCAACAAUGCAACAAUAAUGCAGCCCGAACAAUAAACAAGAUACGAUAUUAAUUUAAUGCAUUCACAGCAAAAGCAAAAGCAAACACCAACCUACGUUAGAUAAUAUAAUGCAAACGAUACACAUACCACAUGGACCAAUUACGUUUAAUUUUAUAAAUUAUAUGUAUGAGUAUGAGUUAAAUGUUUAUACGCACAAAUCUCUGCUGGCACUUGCAAUUCAAGUUUUCUUUUUAGGUCUCUAAUAUAUAUAUAUCCAUGUGCAUUUAUGGCUGCUGUGUGUGUGUGUGUGACUUUCAAUUACAUUUCGAACGAAUACGCAUUUUAGUAAUUGAAAUGCAGUUGAGGUGCACACAAUGCGUACAAAUGCGCAUGGAUAUGGAUAUGAAGAAAUUACGAUGAUUACAUAACACCUAUAUACCAUACAUGCAUAUGAACAAAAUGUAUUUGUACGAUUUUUAUAUAGACUGACAAUUUUUGGAUAAAAAAUAAAAAAUAAUUAAAAAUAUACAAA